AAUUUCUGUCCAUGCUUCUCCUCUCUCUCCUAGGCAUAGUUUCUCUCUCUAGUUUUUUUCUCCACCUCUCUCGCUCUCUCUCUACAAUAUAAUGGCACCGACUCUUCACCCUAUUCCCUCUCAAUCAAGAAACCGACUGUUUCUCUCGCUUUUUCUCUGACACCGGGAAACUCGAAAACCCAAAAUUCGACGGCGUUUUUCAACCGGGAAAACCUAGGUCUUCCUCUUACUCUUUUCUCAAUCAUGGCGGUCUCUGUAAUGGUGGAACCUAAAACCCUAGACCUGCGAUCUGAGCCUCCUCCAGUUCUCUCUAAAUCUGAACCCCAUCUUCACUCUGAUUCAGAGGAAGACGAUCUUUAUAGUCGCCUCAAGUCGCUGCAACGCCAGCUCGAAUUCAUCGAUAUUCAAGAAGAGUAUGUGAAAGAUGAGCAGAAGAACCUCAAGAGAGAGCUUUUGAGGGCUCAGGAAGAGGUAAAGAGGAUACAGUCUGUUCCCUUGGUUAUAGGCCAAUUCAUGGAGAUGGUGGACCAGAACAAUGGAAUUGUUGGUUCAACUACUGGUUCUAAUUAUUAUGUAAGGAUACUGAGCACCAUUAAUCGCGAGCUUUUAAAGCCUUCAGCCUCUGUGGCUUUGCAUAGGCAUUCAAAUGCUCUCGUUGAUGUGCUUCCUCCUGAGGCUGAUUCAAGUAUCUCUCUUCUAGGGCAGUCUGAGAAGCCUGAUGUCACGUAUAAUGAUAUUGGAGGCUGUGACAUACAAAAGCAAGAAAUUCGUGAGGCUGUCGAGUUACCAUUGACACAUCAUGAGUUAUAUAAACAAAUUGGUAUCGACCCGCCUCGUGGUGUUUUGCUCUAUGGCCCCCCUGGUACUGGGAAAACCAUGCUUGCCAAGGCUGUGGCCAAUCACACAACAGCAGCUUUUAUUCGUGUCGUUGGUUCUGAGUUUGUUCAGAAGUAUCUUGGUGAGGGUCCAAGGAUGGUCCGUGAUGUUUUCCGUUUGGCCAAAGAAAAUGCACCUGCCAUUAUAUUUAUUGAUGAAGUGGAUGCCAUAGCAACUGCACGUUUUGAUGCACAAACUGGAGCUGACAGGGAAGUGCAACGUAUUCUCAUGGAGCUUUUGAAUCAGAUGGACGGUUUUGAUCAGACGGUGAAUGUGAAGGUGAUAAUGGCAACCAAUAGGGCAGACACCCUGGACCCUGCUCUUCUAAGGCCUGGCAGGCUUGACCGAAAAAUUGAAUUCCCACUGCCAGAUAGGCGCCAAAAGAGGCUUGUCUUUCAGGUGUGCACUGCAAAAAUGAACCUAGGUGAUGAAGUCGACUUGGAAGAUUAUGUUUCUCGACCAGACAAAAUCAGUGCUGCUGAGAUUGCUGCAAUUUGUCAAGAGGCUGGGAUGCAUGCCGUGCGGAAGAACCGUUAUGUAAUAUUGCCGAAGGACUUUGAGAAGGGUUAUCGAACAAAUGUCAAGAAACCGGAUACCGAUUUCGACUUUUAUAGAUAGGCUUGAAUUCUGUGUCUUCCUUCACGGUGCUAUGUUGUUUUGUUACAGUGAGCAUUGAACUUUAAGUUACCUGAAUGGUAAGAUCUAUUUGGUUAUCUUUUUGUCUUCCGUUUCCAAGUUUUUCGUUGUUACAAUGGUAGUUGGCAAUAUGUAUAGCAAAACGGAUGCUUAUUUUUGUUAGAAUUUUCUUGUGGGAUAAUGGUAAGCCUCUCUUUGUGUG